AGGCUGUAGGACACACGGAGACCGGAAACGCUCGGCGGGGAAGGGGCACUCACCGAAAAACACGGUCCCAACGUUUUUGGAGAGACCUGGUCGUGAAGGAAAAGAUGACGCAAGUGGAACCGGACAACGGCAAAGAGAAAGAGAAGGAAAAGGAAAAGGAGCAGCGCGGGGUGAAGCGGCCGAUCGUCCCCGCCGCCAUCCCAGAGUCUGUACUCGAGCCGAUCCAAAGCAACUUCAUUGUGGUUAUUCACCCUGGAUCAUCCACUCUGAGGAUUGGCCGAGCUGCUGAUACGCUCCCUAUUGGUGUACCUCACAUCAUUGCCCGAAGACAUAAACAACAAGGACAGCCUCGAUACGAGGACCCGUGGCUUCAAAGGGAUGGUCUCAAUAAACCUGAGAGUAAUGAGCAAAGACUGAAUGGCCUUAAAAUGGUGGAUCAGGCGAUAUGGUCGAAAAAGAUGUCAAAUGGUGCAAGACGGAUACCAGCUCCACCAGAUCAGGUCAGGGCAUAUAACAAACAGAUGAGACCAGCUGUCUUGGAUGCUAAUUCUGGGGUCAAAUGGACAAACACAUCACAUCAGCCUGAAUUUCUUGUAGGAGAAGAGGCAUUGUAUGUAAAUCCAACAGACUACUACAAUAUACAUUGGCCAAUUCGCAGAGGUCAGUUUAACCUUCAUGCAGGACCUGGAGGUUCUCUCACUGCAGUACUGGCUGAUCUGGAAACUAUAUGGACAUAUGCUAUUCAGAAAUUUCUAGAAAUUCCUCGUAAAGAUUUAAAGUAUUACAGAUGUAUCCUACUAAUCCCAGAUAUCUACAACAGACAGCAUGUUAAAGAAAUGGUCAACCUACUUCUGAACAAUAUAGGAUUCUCAGGUGUUAUUGUCCAUCAGGAAUCUAUCUGUGCUACUUUUGGAAGCGGGUUAAGUAGUGCCUGUGUGGUGGAUGUAGGGGAACAGAAGACCAGUGUGUGUUGUGUAGAAGAUGGAGUUUCACAUCGAAAUACCAGACUCCGUUUAACAUAUGGAGGAUCUGAUGUGACCAGAUGUUUCUUCUGGCUUAUGCAGCGAUCUGGUUUUCCAUACCGAGAAUGUCAAGUUUUCAAUCGAAUAGACUCUGUUCUUCUUCAGCAGCUUAAAGAAACGUUUUGCCAUCUUGACCAGGAUAUCUCUGGAAUUCAAGAUCAUGAAUUCAAGGUCCGUCAUCCAGAUUCUCCAGCUUUAUUAUAUCAGCUGAAAUUAGGAGAUGAAAAGCUACAGGCACCGAUGGCCUUGUUUUAUCCUGCGACGUUUGGAAUUGUGGGACAGAAGAUAACUGCCUUGCAACACAGAUCUCAAGGUGAUUCAGAAGAUCCGCAUGAUGAACAUUAUUUAGUAGCAACCCAGAGCAAACAGGAACAGGCUGCUAAAGCUAUAGCUGAGAGGAAAGCACUGGCCAAGUAUGCUGGGUUUGAAGCAGAAUCAGGUGCACCAAAUUCUGACAGUGCAGAAAAAAGUCAUCCUCAUGAACUGGAACUUGGAACUUCUCAACACGAUUGCUUAUUGGCAGCAAAUGAUUCAGAGGAUCUGCCGUCGGCUCUAAUGGCAAGGAAAACUAGCAUGUCACAAUUUGAAGGAAAGGCGUUGGGACUUGAUAAAUCCAUAUUACAUAGCAUUGAUUGCUGCGGUUCUGAUGAAACAAAAAAGAAAAUGUACAGUUCUAUUUUGGUGGUCGGCGGUGGUCUAAUGUUUCACGGGGCUCAGGAGUUUUUGCAGCACAGAAUUUUGAACAAGAUGCCACCAUCAUUUCGAAGAAUUGUAGAGAAUGUUGAAGUCAUCACGAGACCUAAGGACAUGGAUCCACGCCUAAUAGCAUGGAAAGGUGGGGCUGUUCUGGCUUGUCUAGAUACAACCCAAGAGCUCUGGAUACACCAGCGAGAGUGGCAGCGGUUUGGAGUGCGUAUGCUACGAGAGAGAGCGCCAUUUGUAUGGUGAACUAUCCUACUUACAAUGAACCUUACAGAUUAAUUAAAAUGAUUACCGAUGGUUAACUUUCAGAAAGCAUGGACAUAUACCAGAGGUAUUCCAAAUCCCAGAUUAUGUUAAAAAUGAGUAGUGAAUGUACAAAGAUUUUGUCUUUAUUAUAAAUAAAAUGUUACUACCUCAAAUAACUUACAUUUUACAAUGUGUAAGAAUUAUGGUAAACAAUUUACAGAUUCUACUGUUACUGUGUAGAAAUGUUGAUCACUGUUUCCUGUUUCAUUUAGCCAUUUAUUUUGGCUCUGGUAAGCGAGAGAAUUCCUUCCUGUGAAUAGAAGUAUAACAAUUG